GGAGGGAGCGGGCCGGGGGCUCCCUGUUGCCCUGGUUACGCCGAGGCACGUGUGCAGUCCCGGAAGCGGCUCCGGGAAGCUGCCCCGCGCGCUCAGCCGGAGGAAGCGCAGCCCGGUCCGCUGGGGUCGGGUCCGGCUGGGCCAUGGAGCCGUCGCCUGAGCCCGCGCCCCGGCCCCGGCCCCGCUGUCUGCUGCUUUUCUCCUUGCUACUGUUGCUGCUGUUGCUACUGCCGGCCCCGGAGCUGGGCCCGAGCCCCGCGCAAGCCGAGGAGACCGACUGGGUUCGACUCCCCAGCAAAUGCGAAGUGUGUAAGUACGUUGCCGUGGAGCUGAAGUCAGCUUUUGAGGAAACCGGCAAGACCAAGGAGGUGAUCGACACAGGCUAUGGCAUCCUGGACCGGAAGGCUUCCGGAGUCAAAUACACCAAGUCGGACUUACGCUUAAUCGAAGUCACUGAGACCAUCUGCAAGAGGCUCCUGGACUAUAGCCUGCACAAGGAGAGGACCGGCAGCAACCGGUUUGCCAAGGGUAUGUCUGAGACCUUUGAGACAUUGCACAACCUGGUCCACAAAGGGGUCAAGGUGGUGAUGGAUAUCCCCUACGAGCUGUGGAAUGAGACUUCUGCAGAGGUGGCUGACCUUAAGAAGCAGUGCGACGUGCUGGUGGAAGAGUUUGAGGAGGUGAUCGAGGACUGGUACAGGAACCACCAGGAGGAAGACCUGACUCAGUUCCUCUGCGCCAACCAUGUGCUGAAGGGCAAGGACACCAGUUGCCUCGCAGAGCAGUGGUCCGGCAAGAAGGGGGACACAGCCGCCCUGGGUGGGAAGAAGUCUAAAAAGAAGAGCAGCAAGGUCAAGGCCUCGGGCAGUGGCAGCAAACAGAGGAAGGAGCUAGGCCUCGGAGAAGACCCCAGCUCUGACGAGGAUGAGGGCAUCCAGAAGGCAUCCCCCCUCACACACAGCCCCCCGGAUGAGCUUUGAGCCUAACCCAGCACCCCCUGUACCGCGACCCCCGACCUGGAAGCUGAGGAAUCGGGCACAGCUCUGGCGGGCAGGCGGGCGGCUGUCCCGCUCCAGGUCCUCCCUGCCGCGCCGGCUUCCUGCCGGGAAAGACACAGGCCCAGGGGAGAGCUGAGACCCGCUGCGGCAGCCUGCCGACCUCCCCCCUCUGCCAGGCGGCUCUUCUGCGCCAGGCUUCGGGCGGGCCGAGCGGUUUCACGCCUGCCGAGGACUCCAGUACGAACUCCGGAGGGGCAGGUGUGGGGAGGGCGCCCGGCCUUCACCUCCCCUCACUCCUUCCCAGCUGGGAAGCAAGACUACCAGCCACCCCACCCCUGCUCACCCCCUCCUGCGGACACCUUGCACUCUGCCCGGCCCUCCCCAGGGCUCACAGAGUAAAAACCUUUUGGCCUUUUUUGUUCUGA